AUGCGCUUCGCUGUCGCUACCGCUUUCGCGGCCCUCGUUGGACUCGCCGUGGCCUCGCCCACCCCCAGCAACUCUGGCAACUCUGUCAGGGGCAACACUGGCAACGGUCAAAAGAUCGCUCCCAAGGUCUUCGUGUUCAGCAUGUACGACUCCGAGGACGUCUGGACCGACCGUAUCGCUCUCACCCAGAACGUUACCGUCCCCGGUCUCUCGCCUCUCUUCCCCAACGUUCACUGCAACGCCGCCGGCGAGAUCUGUCAGCUCAUCACGGGCGAGGCCGAGAUCAACGCCGCGUGCACUGUCACCGCCCUCCUCUUCUCCAACCUCUUCGACUUCACCUCGACCUACUUCCUCAUUGCUGGCGUUGCUGGCGUCAACCCCCACAUGGGUACUUCGGCUUCCGUCCUCCUCGCCCGCUACGCUGUCCAGGUCGCCCUCGCCAACGAGGUCGACGCCCGUGAGAUGCCCUCCAACUGGACUACUGGUUACUGGCUCCAGGGCACUUCCGAGCCCGGCACCAUGGACGACGUGGAGAUUUACGGUACCGAAGUGUUCGAGCUCAACACCAACCUCCGUGAGAAGGUCCGCCCUUGGCUCGACGGCAUCACCCUCAACGACACCACCCAGGCUCAGGAGUACCGCGCCACCUUUGGCUACUCGCCCGCCUCGGACCCCCCUGCGGUCUUCUACGGUGACGUCUCCACCUCGGACGUCUACUUCCUUGGCGCCGACCUCGACAACGCCUUUGCCAACAUCACCUCGCUCUGGACCAACGGCACCGGCCAGUAUGCCAUGACCGCGCAGGAGGACAACGCCACCUUUGAGGCCAUGAUCCGCGCCCACCUCGCCGGCCUCAUGGACUUCUCGCGUGUCAUCCUCCUCCGUGCCGCUUCGGACUUUGACCGCUCGCCCCCCAACGCCGCCGAGGUCCCCGCCUUCCUCGCCAGCCACGGCGGCUACCCUCCCUCGCUCGAGAACCUCUUCAUCGCCGGCAACCCCAUUGUGCAGGGCAUCAUCUCCAACUGGUCCUCGUUCAAGGGCGGUGUCGCCCCCCAGGACGGCUGGCUCCACAACGCCGACGUCAACCACACCCUCGAGCUCAAGAAGGCCGCUGCCAAGAAGCGUUCCAUGAGCCGCCGUGGUGCCCUCGGUCUCGCCCGUCGCUAA